AUGCCCAAAGGAGGCGGCCAGCUGACGCGCGGCAACUACGCGUUCGCGCUCGCCGCCGUGCCCGUGGGCCUCGCGCUCUUCUCGAGCUGCAAGGCCUUCCACCUCGCGAGCUUCGGGAACCGGCGGCGCGGCGAGCGCUGGUCCCUCUACGCGUGCCGGCUCCUGCUCCGGACCCUCCUCCGCUGCUCCUUCUGGCUCACGAUCGAGGACGAGCCGAGCGAGGCGGACUGGGACGCGCUCAUCCCGGACGAGUCCUGCGUCGUCAUCAUCAACCACGCGUCGCAGUUCGACGGCUUCUUCUUCGGCGCCAUGGCGUCGCGCAACGUCAUGGCGCGCGCGAAGAGCUUGAUGAUCGCCAAGGCCUUCAAGAUGCCGCUCGCGGGGACGAUCUUCAAAUGCCUGGGCCACCAGCCCGUCCACUUCCUCCGCGACGAGGCCGGCAAGUUCUCCGUCGACAAGGAGAAGCAGGCGCCCGUGAACGCCAAGAUCCGCGCGCACGUCGCCGCGGGCGGCGGCGUGCUCACGUUCUGCCCCGAGGGCCAGAUCAACCGCAAGGAUCCGACGAAGUGCAUGGCCCACCGCCGCGGCUCCUUCCAGCUCGCCAUCGACCUCAAGCUGCCGGUCUACGGCUUCACGGCGUUCGGCACGCACGACUUCUGGCCCCACGACUGCGCGCUGCCGGGCAAGCGGGCGACGGUCGUCUGCGGCCUCUACGCCGUCGACGAGUGGAACGCCAAGCUCGCCGACGGCACCGCGGGCGCCGUGACCACCGCGGACCUCGCGCUCAUGAGCCAGGCCGCGAUGCAGAAGUCCCUCGACGCCGUCGCCGCGAAGCACGCGAAGCUCGCCGCCGCCUAG